UCGCGGUGCCCGCUCUCUGUGGUACCCGCGGCCCGUCACGGCUCCCAGUCUCCUCAGCGGCGGCUCGUGCUGGUGUCAGCGGCGGCCGCGGGAGGGGGCGCGGCGGCCGGACCGGGGCCGGGGUCUGUGUUUGCCCAGCCUCACUCUCUCCCCGCGCGGCCAUGGAGCUGGAGGUGCCGGACGAGGCGGACAGCGCCGCCGCUACCGGCGCCGGAGCCAUCACUCCCGAGGCUGGACCGGACGCGGCAGGAGGUCUGGCACCAAAGAAGACAGCUGUUACUGAGGGCCCAUCGUUAUCAGGACAGCCUGGGGCUGGCCAAGGGAAGAAGAUAGGUCAUCGUGGAGUCGAUGCUUCUGGCGAAACCACCUACAAAAAGACUACUUCAUCCACUCUGAAAGGGGCCAUCCAGCUAGGGAUUGGAUACACAGUGGGGAACCUGAGCUCCAAGCCUGAAAGAGAUGUCCUGAUGCAAGAUUUUUAUGUGGUGGAGAGUAUUUUCUUCCCCAGCGAAGGAAGUAACCUUACUCCAGCUCAUCAUUACCCUGACUUCAGGUUCAAAACCUAUGCACCUGUGGCUUUUCGGUACUUCCGAGAGCUAUUUGGCAUUCGUCCAGAUGAUUAUUUGUAUUCAUUAUGUAAUGAGCCCCUGAUUGAGCUAUCAAACCCUGGUGCCAGUGGCUCGCUCUUCUAUGUCACAAGCGAUGAUGAGUUCAUCAUAAAAACUGUGAUGCACAAGGAAGCGGAAUUCUUGCAGAAGCUUCUUCCUGGUUACUACAUGAACCUGAACCAGAAUCCACGGACCCUGCUGCCAAAGUUCUAUGGACUGUACUGUGUUCAGUCAGGGGGGAAGAACAUUCGGGUAGUGGUGAUGAACAACAUUCUGCCCCGAGUAGUGAAAAUGCACCUAAAAUUUGACCUGAAAGGUUCUACCUACAAACGCCGGGCAUCCAAGAAGGAGAAAGAGAAGUCCAGCCCCACAUACAAAGACCUGGACUUCAUACAGGACAUGCCUGAGGGGCUAAUGCUGGAUGCAGACACCUUCAGUGCUCUGGUGAAAACACUGCAGCGAGACUGUCUGGUGUUGGAAAGUUUUAAAAUCAUGGACUACAGCCUGCUGCUCGGUGUGCAUAACAUAGACCAGCAAGAACGGGAGCGGCAAUCUGAGGGAGCCCAGAGCACGUCUGAUGAGAAACGUCCUGUUGGGCAGAAGGCACUUUACUCCACCGCCAUGGAGUCCAUCCAGGGUGGGGCUGCCCGGGGGGAGUCCAUAGAUACAGAUGACACAAUGGGAGGAAUCCCAGCUGUGAAUGGCAAAGGAGAGCGCCUUCUGCUGCAUGUAGGAAUAAUAGAUAUCCUUCAGUCAUACAGGUUCAUCAAGAAGCUAGAACACACCUGGAAGGCCCUUGUCCAUGAUGGGGACACCGUGUCAGUACACAGACCCAGCUUUUAUGCAGAGAGAUUUUUCAAAUUCAUGACCAACACAGUGUUUCGAAAGAAUUCCUCUCUAAAAUCAUCCCCGUCUAAGAAAGGACGUAGUGCCUUGUUAGCUGUCAGGAUGCCUGGUCCAACAGCUGCAUUUUCAGCUAGCCAGCUCCCCUCGGAAAAGGAUGACGCCCAGUAUGAUCUACGUGCUGCCAGAAGUUACCCUACUCUAGAUGAUGAAGGUGCUAAACUUAACCAAGACAGGGGGGAAGGCAGGCCAGACCUGCUUCCCUGCACUCCUCCUUCAUUUGAAGAAGCUACCACAGCCUCCAUAGCAACAACGCUCUCUUCAACUUCUCUCUCUGUUCCUGAGCGGUCUCCCUCUGAGACCUCUGACCAGCCCAGGUACAGGAGGCGCACGCACUCCUCAGGGCAGGAUGGCAGGUCACAUGAGGAAGAUCGGGUUGAAGAAGAGCUCCAGCAGAUAAAUGUAGAGCUAGAGACAAAGUGUGACAUUGAGAUUGUGGCUCCGGAAGAAGAUAAAGGGGAGGCAGCUUCUUUAGCCUGUGCCAUUGUAACAUCCACGGCUACAAUAGAAGUGGAAACGGCUAGUCAGGCCUCAGAACCAGCCAGCCAGGCUUCGGAUGAAGAAGAUGUGCCAGUCACAGACAUAUACUUUCCUACAGACGAGAGGAGUUGGGUUUACUCCCCCCUCCACUAUAGCACUCAAGUCCACUCUGUCUCUGAUGAGGAGAGCGAUACAUAAUCACUAUGCAGACACUGAAGACUCAGAGACCAGCGUUUCCCUCUGCAGGUUGACGUGUUCCCUUUUCGUUGAUGCAGCCGUUCCAGAGGGAUGGGGAAGAGCUUGCUGACACCAGUAUUGCUGCACUGCAGGAUCCCAGGCACUGCAUUUCAGAAUGGAGCGCAACUCUAAACAUGUAUUUAUAUCUAUCCAAGAUGUGGACAGCAAAGAAACCUCCUGCUCAGGGCUCCCAAAGGAGACUUUCAACUGGGUGGUGAGAAUCCUGGGUAGUAACAAAGUGUUUCCAAACGUGCACUACUGUAGCUACCUACCUGUGUGUGAUACUGUGAACCUUUUUAAUUUUGUAAUCAUGUAUUUAUUUUAUCUUUGCACAGACACAGCACAAACGUGCUUUUUUAAAAGUUUAGUUUACUGCACUUUUUUUGGUUGUCAUAUUUAUGUGCUUCAUAAACAGUGUGAAACCUCACUGGAGGUGGCAAGAGGGCAGAUCUUCACUGGGGAGGGCACAACAGGAAUAGCUCCAUGACUGAGGCAGCAGUGUGGUCUAACCCCAGACAGCAGGACUGAGAAUCAAGGGGGCCAGAGUCCUACCCAGACUCUCACUGAUUUGUUGUGUGACCUAUCUAAGUCACUGAACCACUCUGUGCCUCAGUUUUCCCAUGUAUGAAUGGGAAUAAUAUCCACUUCAAUUAAAGCACUGAGACCCUUGGAUGAAAGGUGCUAUAUAAAUGCAGUAUAUUUAAAGGCUAUUCAGUAAAAUUGUUCCUAUACUAAAGCACUCCAAACUA